AUGUUUGCAUUCCGCCUUCCGGUGCUUCUGCUGUCUUUUCUUCUCUUAAUAACGACAGUUAAUGCCCUUCAUUUCUACUUGGAUGCAAACGAAAAGCGAUGUUUUGUGGAAGAGCUGCCAUCAGAUACGGUGGUUGAGGGACACUACAGAGCGUUGGAGUGGGCCGACAGCACACAACAAUACACCCUAAACGAGGAACUCGGAAUUAUAGUUGAAGUCGAGGAAAUGGAAACGUCGCAUAUCGUCACAAAGACGAGAGGUCCGUCGGACGGUCGCUUCACAUUCACCUCCCAUGAAUCAGGCGACCACUCUAUUUGCAUUUCCACCAACUACACAUCAUGGUGGUCAAGCACGCACAUCAAGCUCUAUCUCGAUAUCGUCGUAGGAACUACGAAACCAGACAUCGAGAGCGAUCGUACCCACAUUGGCGAACUUAGCAGCAAGCUCCGCGACCUCAACCAAAAGCUUGAAGAAGUUCGGAGAGAACAGCAGUACCAGCGGGAGAGAGAGGCGGAUUUCCGAAACUUGAGUGAGAACACGAAUUCGAAGGCUGUUUGGUAUAGUGUGUUGCAGAUUGGAGUGCUUAUUGCUACGUGCACGUGGCAGUUACGACAUUUGAAGCGUUUCUUUGCGGACAAACGGUAG